AUGCUAUCAUUUCUCCCAGACGAUAUCCUCAUCCUCGUCGCCCUCCAAAUCCGCCAACAUGAGAGUCUUUUAAGUCUUGUUCUUUGCUGCCGCCGCUUUCAUUGCCUCCUGCUUCCUUAUCUCUACAGGUCUCUGUCGCUCAUGAACCUUGGUGCGCUCGACAGGCGCCCCUCUCAACUGAGCUCUUUUCUUGAGCUCAUCCUUCAAGAUACCCGAUUGGCAUCAGCGGUGCGGGUCUUAGCCAUUGGCUCACCUUUUGGGUAUGGAGGCGUGGCUGAAUCAACUACCCUCUUGCCUCUUACCCGGUCAGCACUAUCAGGUGUCUGUCAUCACCAGGGAGAACAGGAUCAGUGGAGUGAAGACCUCUUGGGAAGCAUCAAUGAAGACCCGUGGAUCGCCUUGAUCCUAACACAACUCUGUAACCUCAAAGAAUUAAAAGUGAACGUCCGCCAUGGCGCAAAACAUUUUGAUAGGAUAGUGGGGCGGGCCAUCAGCAGAGAGAAACCGUUCCUAGAGAAACCUAUCUUCUCAUCACUGUCCCAUAUUUCCAUCUCGUGGUACGAUGUAGACGAGGGAGGUCUCAGGCUAUACCGCGUCUUGCCGUUCUUGAAGCUUCCAUCUCUCCGCAGCUUUCAUGGCGGCAUGAUCACGGAAGAUUACCCCGUCGAGGACGACCUCUGCGAAACUGAUUCUGUAGGCGAGGUCGAUAGUCCGCAGAGCGAGAAGCCUUUGCUCCGCACCUCGAAUGUCACAGAGAUCGAGUUUUCUGCGAGCAAUGGCAAACGAGGCAUGUUCGAUGCAAUCUAUUCUUGUGCACGCCUUGAGUUAUUUAAGUAUGAACAUGCCGACGGAGGAGUUCCUGGAGACUUCUUUGACCCAUGUGCAUUUCGUACGUCUCUUGAAGGGGCAAAGUCAACCCUCCGAAGUCUCUGGUUAGAUUACGAUUCCCGCCAUUAUUCCCUGUGCACUGAAUCCGAGGAUAGGUACUUCGGAUCUCUGGUCGAGUUUACAGCACUGAGGAACGUUCAUCUCAGGUACACCCAACUCCUCGAUAUGGGUAUUGAUGCUAUCACCCCGCCAGCCACCCCUCUAACGGACACUCUUCCAUUUACGCUUGAGACUUUACGCAUUGCAGAUUGCUUUGAACUUUUACUUCCAAUUCUCGUGUCGCAACUUCAUAUGGUAGUUGCCAACCGACAAGAGCGGACGCCUAAUCUUGUUGAGAUAGUACUUCGAGGUACAUUCGGCGAUCGGGAGGCUCCCCAGGACCACUCUACUUGGCCGCGAGUUUACAAGAUCAAGCAAGGAGUCUAUGGGGCCACUGGAUCCCUCCGGGCAUCAUGUGAGGAAUCCGGUAUCAGAUUUCAUAUUGAGGAUAAUCCUAAUUGA